UCCUCCUGUUCACUCCGGACCCAUAACAGUGUAAAACCGGCGGGAUGGCGAGAGCGUCUAAGUCUGCUUUGGUCCUUUGCAUGGAUGUGGGCUUCUCUAUGAGCAACUCUGGUCCUGGUCAGGAAGCCCCAUUCGAGCAAGCUAAGAAGGUCAUCCAGAAAUUCAUCCAGCGCCAGGUUUUUGCUGAGAACAAGGAUGAGUUGGCCCUGGUCCUUUUUGGUACAGAUGAGACAAAGAAUCCACUGGCCCAAGAUGGCCAGUACCAGAACAUCUGUGUACACCGACAUCUGAUGUUGCCAGAUUUUGAGCUGCUGGAGGAAAUUGAAGAUCAGCUUCAGCCUGGUAGUCAGCAUGCAGACUGGCUCGAUGCACUUGUUGUAUGCAUGGAUCUUCUACAAAAAGAAACCAUGGGGAAGAAAUUUGAGAGGCUGAAUAUCUCCCUCCUCACUGACCUCAAUACACCGACCUGUGCUGAUCAACUGGACGUCAUCAUUACCAACUUGAAGAAAGCUGGCAUUACCUUGCAAUUCUUCCUGCCAUUCCCUGUGGAUGCGGAUGAAGGAGCUGAUGGAGGAGGAGAUGCGGCAGGUCCAAGGCAUCCACCCCAUGGUGGAAAAGGCCUGAGUAGGGAGCAGAAGCAGGGGCUUGAAAUGGUCAAGCAAGUCAUGACUUCUCUUGAUGAAGAGGAUGGCCUGGAUGAGGUCUACACCUUCAGCGACGCUGUGGAGAAGCUGUCCAUCUUUAAGCAUAUUGAGAGACGGCCCAUGGCUUGGCCCUGUCAGCUCACCAUCGGCAGCUCCCUUUCCAUCCGCAUUGUUGGAUACAAAGCAGUGUGUGAGGAGAAAAUGAAGAAGUCCUGGGCUGUUGUGGAUGCUGAGAGUCACCAGAAAGACGAUGUGAAGAGAGAGACGGUGUAUUGCCUCAGCGACGACAACGAGACUGAAGUACAGAAAGAUGACACUAUUCAGGGUUUCCGUUAUGGGAGCGAUAUUGUCCCGUUCUCUAAAGUGGACCAAGAGCAGAUGAAGUACAAGUCAGAUGGAAAGAGCUUUGCUGUGCUAGGCUUUGCUAAGCAGGAGCUGAUUAAUCGUCAUCAGUUCAUGGGCAACCAAGUGAUUAAGGUUUUUGCUCCCAGGGAAGAUGAGCAUGCAGCCGUUGCACUCUCUGCUCUAAUCCGCGCGCUGGACAGUCUGAAGAUGGUGGCUAUUGUUCGCUAUGCUUAUGACCGCCGCAGCAACCCACAAGUAGGAGCUGCUUUUCCCUGCCUCAAAGAGAAAUAUGAGUGUCUGCAGUAUGUCCAGUUGCCAUACAUGGAGGACCUCCGACAGUUUAUUUUCCCCUCAUUGGAAAACAACAAAAAGUUUGCUCCCUCAGAGGCUCAGCUGUCAGCAGUGGAUUCUCUCAUCAACUCCAUGAUGCUGGUGGAGGAGGGUGAAGACGGAAAGAAGGAGGACAUCUUCAAAGUCAACCAUAUCCCCAACCCACAGUUCCAGAGGCUCUUCCAGUGCCUACACCAUCGUGGAGUGAACCCAGGUGCCCCCUUGCCUCCUGUAGACCCUUGGCUAAAGAGGAUACUAGACCGGCCCCAGGCCGUCUCGGCCCGCUGCCAAGGCCCCCUGCAGGAGAUGAAAAAAAGCUUCCCUCUGAAGGAGGUGGUGCGGAAGAAGGAGCAGAAGACUAGUGUGGACGUGUUUGGGAAUGGUGAGGAGCCAAAUGCUAAGAAGCUGAAACUGGAUGAAGAAGAUAAGUUCAAUCUGGCUGAGAUUUCAGAGGGAAAUGUUACCUCGGUUGGUAGUGUUAACCCUGCAAAAGACUUCCGUGCUUUAAUUCAACACAAAACCAUUCCCUUUGACCAAGCAUGUGAGCAGCUAACCCACAGGAUGGAGCAGUUGCUGGGCAACAGGAGCACUGACUACUACAUGAAGACCAUCACCUGCAUCCAGGCCUUUAGGGAGCAGUCUGUAAAGGUUUCAAAUGCAGAACUUUUCAACAUCUACAUGCAGUCUCUGAAGAAGAGUGUUCCAGACAGUAGUCCUCAGGAAUUCUGGGAUCUGCUUGUUCAAGAUGCUCUAACAUUAAUCAGCAAGGAUGAAGUGGAGAGCAGCACAGUGUCCAAACAAGAGGCAGACCAGUUUUUGAUGUCUGAAGAGGAAAAGGAGGAUGCAGUUAUUCCUAUCCAGGACGAUGCAGGAGAUGUGGAUGAUUUGCUGGACAUGAUGUAAACAUCCAUCUAUCCGUUGGCUAGUGCUUGUUCCUUUUGCUUCAUUUUCAUUCCUCUUCAUCAGAGCACCUGAUGGUUUCUAGUUUUUUUGUAAAGAAAGGAAGUGUAGUUUUAGCGAAACACAAGACUGUUUACCACCGUCUUAUGCCAAAUAAAUAAUUAAUUAAAUAAAAGCAGAAUGUGUGAAAUGUCUAAUAAGAAGAAAAUGGUUUUACGUUUUGAAUGCUGCUUUGAAUGGGUUAAUUUUCUGUAUCCUCUGUUAACCAGUGUUUUCCACUCAUGGUGUGAUCACUCAGCAGGGGCUCAUUUAUAGAAAUACUUUGUUCCACAAUUUCCACCCAGCUGUCAGCUUUUAAAGUGUAUGUAUCUCUAACUUGAUCUUAUUGAAAUCAGAUCACAGUUCAUUGCACAUAUUGCAAGGUUGGAGACUCUACAGACAAUACAAAAGAGAAUGCCAGAUUUUAUUGUUAGACAUAAUGAAGUUGGUUUGGAUGAAGUUUUCCUCUGUUUCACAGCUAAAUACUGUAAAUACCCUUUUCCUACUGUGGUGCACCUUUGAUGUUUCAAAUAUAACCUGCUGUAAUUUUCUAAAGACAAAUAAAUGCCUUAACUGAC